CAAUUCAAAAUGGCUGCUGGUUUGAAGCUCAUCGGGUUAUUUCUCUGCGUUGCCAUGGCAACGGGAGAUCAUCAUAUGUUGUCGUCGUUGGAGGAACUGGCUGAAAUUCAGAGAGAUCUUUACCUCAGGACGUUUGAGUUCUUCAAUGAUAGUGUGAGCACAGAGAUGGAUAAAAUGAUCGAGAAACUAAAGGCCCUUGAAUCAAGGCUAGACGAUGUCGAGGGAAGAUUGCAAGAUUAUGCCUUUAAGAUCCCACCAGCCGAGUUGGCGUCAUCUUGCGACGCGGAGCGGGCUCUUGUUCGCCUGAACUCGUCCCUUGCGUUAUGGUACAAGCGACUGACGCAACGUCUGGCUGCCGUAGAAGAGAUCAUACAAUUCAUUGCAGUCUCAGAAACAAGCGCUGCCCGAACAGGAAACGACAAUGAAGUCCCGCUCGAACCAGAACCCGAACCGGUACGAGUCAACCGUCCGCCAACCACCACAACCAGAAGGACGACUAUGAUGAUGGAAACGAUGCCGAAGACGAAUGAGCGCUUGAUGACCACAGAGCCGACAGAGAUAAUUGAAGCGGGGGCACCAAAAUUUAGCACGGCUGAGCCUUCAACUAAAAUCAUGGCGACUACAGAGCCAGUCCGAAAGACAACAACACGCGCCACAACAACACGGAGAACAACCACCACUCAACCACCAACGACCACAACCAUGCCUACAACCACUCCCACCACAACAAUGCCACCUACAACAACCAUCCCAACAACCACUCCUAUGCCAACCCCAUUGAACUGUAAAGAGGUGGCUGCUAGGGGCGAGACUGUUUCAGGAUGGUACCUUAUUGAUCCAAUGCAAAGAGGAAACCCCUUCACAGUUUACUGUGAAUUGCCUAAAGGUGUAACAUCAGUCGGUCACACAAUGGCGGAUAGGGCGAUUCAUAACAACGGGUUUGAAGGACCUGGAGACUUCCAACUUAAUCCAGUAUACACAAAUGCCACAAUCAACCAGAUGAAGGCACUUACAUUAGUCUCACAGAACUGUAGCCAGUUCAUCAAGUACCGAUGCCGGGCCGCUGUUCUCUUAGCUACAGAGAAGAAGAGUGGAUUACGAUACGGAUAUUGGGUAUCUGUUGAUGGCGAACAUAUUGGCAGUUGGGGUGGAGCUCCUAUCAACAGUGGCAAGUGCGCAUGCGCCCUUACAGCUCGUGGCUGUCUGGAAAACAAGAACUGCAACUGCGAUUCCAACCCAAAACAAUUUGCCAUCGAUGAGGGUGUCAUCUCUGACAAGCCCUACCUGCCAGUGACGGAUGUCCGUCUUGGUGAUACUGGUAGUAAGAAGGAGGAGGGAUAUGUCACUCUCGGCCCCUUGCGAUGCCAGUAAAAUAGAUCCGUCUUCGUCCUCGUUCUCACAGCAGAUAUCAACUACAGAGAACUUCUGAGCUGCAUAAUCCUGGAGACAUUGUCUUUAUGUGAUAAUAAUCUUUGUUAUCACUUCCACCCUCAUCUCACGAUUUGGAAGCGGAGUGGAAAUUUCUGAAAGUUGUUUUUCAUACAAACUGCAGGUAUAUAGUGAACACUUUGGAUAUAUUUGGUACAGUUGACUUGUCAAAACAUGUAUUUCUACAAUUCACACCAAGACUCACCUAACGUUUUGUGGACAGAAAGGUGAAAUAAGGGGGGAGGGGGUUAGUUAGAAUGUUGAUAAUUUUCGACCUAAUUUUGCCAUUUUUUUUCUUCAUCAGAAUGUAAAUAUGUAUUUAGGCUAUUUCAACAGAAAGGAAUGUCACAAAAAUAUUAUAAGUAGAAAACUACUAUACUCGUGUACAUAAAUCUAGGAUAAGUGUGUUUUAUAUUUCUCCUAAGCAAGAUAGAUGGGUGGAUAAAAUGUAAUGUCUAUUGUUCCUACGUGACUACUGCCAGUGUUGCAUUAUUUGUCAUAUUGGAAAUCUGUAGUUAAGAUGGUGAAUAUUGCAAAAGUGAUUUUACUGCCCAAUAUUUUAUCUUUGGAUUUGAUAUUUUGUCGCUUUGUGGCAACAAAUAAUUUAUAGAAAUAAAUACGUUGGAAUACCAUACAUGUAGAAACCGAUGAAAGCAUGAUGAAAGUGUCAUUUUCUUCAGUGUUUGUGUAGCGAUGAUAUAUUGAAUUAUUUGUUUACCUAUUUGGUUUAUAAUAAUUGGGUUAUUUCUAUAUUAUGGAUAUGCACAAAUGAAAGAUCAGAUCACAAUGCUGAAAUCAUUUUCAUUAACAGAAAUUUAAAUAAUAUAUUUUUUUGAAUAAUUUCUAAUGCUACCUUCUCUGAUGAACUCUUCCAUUAUGAUGAUAAAGAAUUUAGAACAUACUGGUCAAUAUCUAAUUGUGUCAUAAUAGCUGCGCUGAUUCCUUUUUUGUUUUCAGUAUUACUUAAAAAUACAAAAAGUUAAGAAAGCAGUAUUAACCAUGUUAACCGUUAGGUAUUACAAUCAAGAUGCAUCAUAAUCUCUUAUUAUCACAUCAUUGUUUGAUUAUCAUCUUGAGAAUUUUGUCCAGAACUGCUGCAGAGACAAUGUCGAAAAUGAAUUAUAUUUAUGAUGUAAAUCUACUUCUACAAAAAGGGAUCUACUUAACUUUUACUUUUCCUGGUGUUUGAAAGUAAUACUACAAAUGGAGGAUUAAAGAAUGAUAAUGUAAAAGUAACUUUGCGUAAAUGAUCAAAUCAGUAAAAGAACCAAUUGAUUUAAAGUGUCAUAAUUCAUGAUAACUUUUGUUGCUGAAAGACAUGAUAACAAUUUAAAACAAAUUUUGUCAAAUAUAUGUAAUAUGUACUUGAGUUCUGUAUAACCAAUGCUUUUUAAAAUUUGACUGCACACGUUUCAAAAUAAUAAACAACUGUAUUUAUCUAGUCUAGUGAAAGUAAAGUUAAAUCGAAAACUGUACUAUUUUUGUAACUCUGUGGUACUCUGAAUAAACAGACCUAAUUCCAUCCCAAAA